AUGGCGAAACAGGAACCAGAAAGGGAAGUGAAGAUGCAAGGUGUCAAGCUUAACCGGGUGCAGCAGUUUAAGUACCUAGGUUCUACAGUGCAAAGCGACGGAGGAUCGGACAAAGAAGUUGAAACGAGAAUCCAAGCAGGAUGGACAGCCUGGCGAAAGAUCACGGGAGUGCUAUGUGAUAGAAAGGUACCAGAAGAGCUGAAAGGCAGACUUUAUAAGACCAUGGUCAGACCGGCAAUGUUGUACGGGAUGGAAGCGGUCGCUGUGACAAGAGACCAGGAGAAAAAGAUGAAGGUGGCGGAGAUGAAGAUGCUGCGAUUUGCACUCGGAUAG